AUGGCAGUUUACACGAUUACUUCAUUUUAUUACAAAGAAAAAAUUCAGGAACAGUGCGUGUGUCGAAGUGGCUAUCAUGGAGAUGGCGUAAGUUGCACAGUCCACAUUGGCGACCAGCGUGAAGACUCUACGUUUGACAUUGACAGCGAACUGAUGCUCUUUCACUGUUUUUUUUUUGAAGAGAAAGUGGAGCGCCUAUUUAUGUUGACACUGUUUCCGAGCACUGUUUGUGAAGCUGAUACUGUAACUAUCACCAAUGAGCUUGGAGCGUACCGUUGCGUCUGUGUGCCGCCAUAUAGCGGUGAUGGAGUGACUUGUAUCGAGUCGCAAGCAGUUAGUAAUUCUAGUGAUGAAAUGAGUACUGAGCAGCAGCAGCAACAGCAACAGGUGCCAUGCAAUGUGGUAAAUAAUUGUGAUACCAACGGGGAUUGCAUUUUUGAGAAGAAUGACCGUGGUGACAGUGUGUACCGUUGUCGCUGUCGGCCUGGAUUCUCGGGAGACGGCUAUCGAUGUGCAAUGACAUCGCUGGAUAACCUUCCUGCAUACGCAGUACUAGGAUGUGAUCAGCUGGGUAACUGUGAUCGGAAUGCGGAAUGUGUACGGGACGCGUACUCGGAUGGUUAUUUCUGCCGAUGCUUGGAUGGUUUUGAAGGCGAUGGUUAUAGCUGUAAGCCAGUUGAGAAGCAGCUGAAUCUGCCAAUAUUACCACCCGGUAUCGCAUUUUUUUUGUGCUCCACUGUCGCCGUAUUAACACUGUUUGGAUUUGGUAGCAAAAAAACCGUUCCUCAAAGAAGCACGUUCGCUUUCGGUAGAAGUGCAAUAAACCGUAAAUAA